AUGUCUGUUGAAUUGAGUUCAAAAGACGAAGAAACCAUAAGUGACUUUACGUUGGAAAAUAAAGAUAAAGAAUGUGAUGACCCUGUUGACCAGAUUUCUGUAGAAUCAAAUUCAGAAGAAGAAGAAGAAGAAGAAACUAUUAGUGACUUUAAUUUUGAAAAUAAUGAUAAAGAAUAUCUUGAUUGCCAACAUGUUUCUCAAAGUUCAAAUAUAGCUAAUUUUAUCAGACCAUGUAGAUCUGAUAGUAUCACUAUUAAAAAUCAGUUCUUUAGUAAGCAUCCUAUUCAGCCAUUUGUGAAGUCAGGUAAUGGAAAACUGGAUUUCAAGAGAAUAUACUUUAAAAUAUUACCUAAUAAUAAUGCUAUUCAACGAAAAUGGAUAUCAUAUUCUUCAGAAACAAUUUGUUUUUAUUGUUCUUCUUGCAUGGCUUAUGGGCCAUUGAAAAAACCUGGUGAAUUUGAAUCUAAGUUUAUUACAGGUUACUCCGCAAAUAUUAAAGUGAACAAAAGUCUGUAUAAAGAUAUCGAAAGACAUGAAAAUUCAAAAGCUUAUGAAGAAUCGGUCUCUACAGCUAUACGCUUUUCUCUUUAUAAAGAUAUUAAAAAUAUAAUCAAUAGGGACGUCAUGGCUAAAAGUGCACUUGAAAUUGAAACUCGUAGAAAAGUUUUGGAAAGGUUGAUUGAUAUUAUUCUAUUCAUUGGCCGGCAAGGUAUUCCCUAUCGAGGGAAGCAAGAAGGAGCUCAUUCUUUAAAUAAUGAAAAUCAAAACCAUGGGCAUUUUUUAGAGCUUAUUAUUAUCAUUUCAAAAUACGAUGUGAUUCUUCAACAACAUUUGAAUACUUCCAUUAAACAUAGUGACAAAAACAAAUCAAAAAAAGGCCGUGGAUCGUUAGUAACAUUUUUAUCAAAGCAUUUCAUUAACGAUAAAUUAAUAAUACCAAUAGGAAAUGCUAUUCAAAUAGCUAUUGUCAAUGAAAUCAAAGAAUAUCAACACUUUAGCAUUAUGAUUGAUUCAACGCAAGAUGUUAGUGUUAUGGAUCAACUGACAAUAUGUGUACGCUACAUUCACGGAGGAGCGGUCCAAGAAAGAUUAUUGAGUUUGGUUAUUUGUCAUGAUUCUAGUGGUAAAGCUCUUUUUGAAUUGUUAAAUGAAGAAUUGAAAAAUCUUAGACUAUCAAUAAAUGACAUUGUUAGUUGUUCAUUUGAUGGUGCUUCAAAUAUGAAAGGAAUUUAUAAUGGACUACAAGCACACUUGAAAACAAAUAAUCCUAAAAUUGUAUAUACCCAUUGUAUGGGACACGUCCUAAAUCUUGUGAUGACAGAAAAUUCUCAUAAAAGGAUGUCUGCUUGGAUGGCUAUAACUCAAGUCAAACAUGUUGCUCAUAACAAGCUUUAUCGUCUUCAAAAAAUUGGAGUUACACGAUGGUGGAGCAAGGACAAGGCUUUGUCAUCUAUAAUAAAUAUAAACUUGGUUGAGAGUAAUCAAAACGUAGAAAAUAGUAAAUUUGUAACAUUUUUAGAGUUUCUCAUUUCAGUCAAUGAAGGAAACUUUAAUACCUCAUCAAAAUACAUGGCACGUUCUCUCAUUGGUAAUUGGUCAAAAUUUGAGACAAUUUUUAUAGCUGCUUUGUUCAUUGACAUAUUUUCUGUAACAAGUCCUUUAUCUAAAUAUCUUCAAACUAAAUCAAUUAAUUAUCUUCAAGCUUGGGCUAUGAUAGAUACCUUAAAAAAACAGAUCCAAAAUAAAAGAAAAGAUGCUCACAUAUUAUUUUUAUUUAAACAAUGUCAACUCUUUACAAAAAAUGUUAACUCUUAUUUUCUUACAAACCAAUUAGUUGACAUUGAAGAAAAUUUUUCUGAAAGGCGCAUAUCUAAAAAAAAGAUAAUGCCUGGAGAACGUGGACAAGAUGAAUCUAGGAGUUUAAGUUCAUAUGACAGAGUUAAAUUCGAAGCAUUUUCUAUUUUAGAUGUUAUUCUGAAUAGUAUAGAAGCAAGAUUCAUGCUAAAUCAAGGACUACUCAAAGAUUGUCAUUGGUUGGACCCUAAAACAUUUUCAUCAAUUAAUUCGAUUAAUGUGUUUCCUAACGGUGAUUUAGAAACCAUUUGUGAGUUAGCAGGAGUAGAACGAAAAGUAUUUUGUAAGGAACUGAAGCAGUUUGCUGGUCAGUUUGAAAGUUUUCACUCGAGUAGACACGAUACAACCAUUACAGAUAGUGUAUUUAAUGAAUAUAAUAUAAAUUAUAGUGAAGAUGAAGAAAAAACUGAAUUAGUAGAGUGUCAUAAAUCUUAUAAAUAUGUAUUACUUUUACCCUCUACUCUAGUGACUUGUGAAAGGGUAUUUUCUAAACUGAAACUUGUUAAGUCUAAAAUCAGAUCAACCAUAAGUCAACAACAUUUAUCGCCUUUAAUGCUUAUGGCAAUUGAAAAAGAUAUAAAGAUUCAGAAAACACAAAUUAUUGAUACUAUAGCUAAGUCAUCUAAAAUGUUACAUGAAUUGCUCAUUUAG